GCGCCGGUGCGCACUGUGCUGACGAGCCGUCCCCGGUGGAAACAGCUGGUGGUUUCUGUCACUUCUCUCCGGGCUGCGAGCUGCGUUAGCCGGGGGAAAACCAAAACUCAAGUUCCGCACGGGAAACCGAAACCCGAGCGACGGACGAAAGCCUCGCCUCGAGUCCGCGCCGCCGCUCCGCCCCACACCGGCAGCUGUCAUCCCGGGAACACUUGUUAAUCACUAGCUUGAUCGCAGCGGUGACGCCCGGACGCGGCUAACGGCGGCUAACAGCAGCUAGCUAACUUUUACCUGAACUCAAACAAGCUGUCCGCCGCGGGGCUUCCCUCGCGGCUUAAUCAGGAGAUAAAAGUGGUUUAUUUAUUUAAUUUAUUUCUCUCUCCGUGUCACCAUGACUCAUGUUCAUUACAAGUUCUCCUCCAAACUCAGCUACGACACGGCGGUGUUCGACGGGCCGCACAUCACGCUCCGGGACCUGAAGAAGCAGAUCAUGGCCCGGGAGCGGCUGAGGUCCGGGGACUGCGACCUGCAGAUCACCAACGCUCAGAGCAAGGAAGAGUACACCGACGAUGAGGGUCUCAUCCCCAAAGGCUGCUCCGUCAUUGUGAGGAGGAUCCCCAUCAUCGGAGGAAAGUCCGGCUCAAGCAACAAGACCCACCACAAAGACCGUUCAGUCACCCAGCUUCAACACGCCUAUGAAGUCGUCAAAGCAAUGGACGCCCAGGCUUCCUCCAGUACCUUGCACUUUUUCUCCAAGAUGACAAACCUGGCUGACGCCGAUGUGUCAGAGGAGGAUAAGAUCAAAGUUUUGCAAAAUCAGUCCGCCUACGAUACCGUGAACUACAGCAAGAAGUUUGGUACAGUUCUUCCUGCAAACUACACUUGUUAUCGCUGUGGAAACACUGGUCACCACAUCAGGAACUGUCCCACCAGCGGGCAAGAUAAAAAUUUUGAGGCCCCACUGAGAAUAAAGAAGAGCUCCGGCAUCCCCCGAUCCUUCAUGGUCGAGGUGGACGACCCCAGCGUCAAAGGAGCCAUGCUGACCAACUGUGGACGUUACGCCGUUGCUGCCAUAGACGCGGAGGCGUACGCCAUUGGCAAGAAGGAGAAGCCUCCAUUUUUUCAAACGGACAAACCAAAGUCAGAAGUCGAGGAGGAUCCGAUACCUGAUGAACUCCUCUGUCUGAUCUGUCAUGACCUGCUGAGCGACGCCGUGGUUAUACCCUGCUGUGGAAACAGCUACUGUGACGACUGUAUUCGCACCACGCUGCUGGAUUCAGAGGAACACGUCUGCCCCACUUGUAGCCAAUCAGACGUCUCCCCUGAUACCCUGAUCGCCAAUAAAUUUCUCCGACAGGCUGUUAACACUUUCAAGAAAGAGCGAGGCCAGAGUAAAACUCUUUCAGUAAAAUGUGACACCUCCCAGUCCCAAAAUCCAUCCCCAACACCGAGCCCUGUCCGCACACCACCCCGUCCCCCUGUGCAGAGCCUGCCUCAGCUGCCUCAGGAGCCGACGUGCAGCCAGCAGGACUCUCCCCUGCACUGCCCAGAGGUUGAAGACACACCGCCACUUUCUGGAAAUCCUCCUGCUGCAACAGGCCCCACGUCUCCUUGCAACAAGCUUAGCACUUCCCUCCAGACUGAGCAAAGCUGCUUGGAGACACCUGACAGGGAGGCUGAAGGAGAGACACAGGAUGACUCAGCUGCUGCUGCCGCCACUACCACUCCUCCUUCUGUGCUGCUGUCAGACAAAGAUCCCGCUGCUGCUCCUUCACAGCUGACGCCAUUGGUUGAACACACAACUGUGGCAGAGCCGCCUCCCACGGUCACUGUGGAACUACAGCAGUCCCCCUUAGGUCCAGUGCCAAGACACCCACCGCCCUCAUCCUGCUGGAGCGGAGCCUUUCCCCCGUCAGGUUGUCCCCCUGGAGGCUGGUCUGAAUCCCAGCAGCUUAUGCCCUCCCCCUGCUCUGCAUACACAGCGCCUCCCCCACCUCUCUUUCCCUCCCCCCUUUUUCACACGUACCUCUCAGCUCACCAGUCUCACACCAGUUACCCUCCUGGGUACCCUCCACCUGCCACGCCCAUCUGGACACUCCCGUGCCCCCAGGGUGCCCCGCUCCCUUCCCUCUGCUCCUCUACCUCCACCAUCCCUGCCCUCGUCCCCAAGGAGUGGUACAGGCAUCAGAGAGAGACGAAGGAAAGGUAUACAGAACAAUCAACCAACAACACACUCGUAUCCACUAAAGGGUCUCCUCACAGAGGACCUACCCACAGACACUCCUCCUCUCGCUCUCAGUCAAAGUCGUCUAAGUCCAAAUCUUCUCGCUCCUACUCUUCAAGCAAGUCCAGAUCCCGCUCACGAUCCAGAUCCCAAGGCAGAUCAAGACCUCGCUCACCUUACUCCCGUCACAGAGAUCUCCAGACCCGCUCUACUCCCUCGUACAGCUACGGUUACAGACGCUCCCCUACACCGUCCUCGUCAUCUUCCCCUCAUGUUGGUCACCAUUCCAGGUCCAAGUCACCGUCGGAUCACCGGAAAAACCGCCACCACAGCCGCCACCACACCAAGAAGUCUGCUUCGAGCAGCUACGGCUCCGCUCCGCGAGGAGAACGCUCAGGGAGGGAAGAUGGAGGCUUUGGGGCGAGUUUGACCAGUUCCCCCUACGCUCAUCAUUCAAAUCAAAGGAGCGGCCUGGAGCUGGAAACAGAACGCUACCUACAGUGGAAGAAAGAGUACAAAGAGUGGUGCGAGAAAUAUUUCAACAGCUACGUCGGCCCCUUCCACCAGCUGCCUCUUCCCUUCAUCAAUCUUCCUCCUCCUCCUCAGUGGGAAGGAAGCAAAUUUCCCUCACAUGCCAACUUGGACUCUCGCUUCAGACACGCUGCCAGGACGCACGGCCGCUCCCCUCCAUCGCAGUCAUCCAGUGACAGCCGCUCUCCUCCGUCUCAUUCUUCAAGUGACAGUCGCUCCACUGCAUCUCAGUCAUCCAGUGACAGUCGCUCCCCUCCGUCUCAUACAUCCAACAGCCGCUCCCCUCCCUCUCAGUCGUCCAGCGAUAGUCGCUCCACGCCGUCCGAGGACGGGGCCGUGCUGAAGGCAUGUCAACAGCAGAAGGUUGACCACCUGCCGAUCACUUUUACAAAGGGCAGUAAGGAGGUGGAACUGCAAGAAACAAGUAAGGAUGACAAGAAGGUGAUCAUUAGAGAUGUGGAGGACCUCAGCCCCAUAAAGUAUAAGCAAAGGAAGACACAAAAACACGGCGAAGGAAGAGGAGAGGAGUCGUCAUCCCCUGCAGCUGCAGAUUCAACAGACAACAACAGAAAGGAUGAGAGGGGUCACGACCCUGCUUGCAAAGAUGGCACCUUGGUAAGGGAUGAAGCAACCUUUCAAUCCACUUUGAAACCAGAUAAACCUUUGGAUAAAGAUUGUGUUAGAAGCAGAGAAAAAGGGGAUUUAGAAGAAAAGAAAGGGCGGAGAAGAGGCAAAGAUUCAGACUCAAGGCAAGAUGCAGAGAGACGGCACAGAAUGAAGUCCAGUAGAGGGGCAGAUAGGGCGGAUUCAGACAGAUACAGACACACCAGAGACAGAAAAGCUCCUGACUUAAGCUCAGAGAAGAACAGAAAAAGAAAAGGAGAGACACCAGAGAAAAAAGAAACCUGCAAAGAUGAAUCCCCCGAUCUGAUUGAAAAAAAGAAGCAAAAUAUUGAGCAGAAAAAAGAGAGUAAGCCGUGGCCUCUUAAAGAGAAAGACAUCUGGGAGGGAAGAAUAACAGUGAAGCCACAGAAGAAAAUAAGCAUCAACAUCAACUUGGAUGUGAAAAAGAAAGAGGAGAAAACUGAAAACCAGGAGAGCAUCAUAGGAAAAUCAGAGGAUGAAAUGGAGAAGAUGGGUGAUGGAGAGGAGAAGUUAAACAGAGGAGACACUGAAGUGGAAGUUAAUGAAAAGAAGAAGUCAAGCAGAGAAAAGGAAGAGAAAAUCAAACCAGAUGACGGAGAGCCGAGGCAGUUGUCGGAGAAAGCAGCCAUCAGAAAUGACAAGAGAGGGAUGUGGGUUACCAUCGCAGCAGAGGAAGAAAAUGUUGGAGAAAAGAAAGAUGAGGACUUUGACUCAUGGCAUUGUGCCCCCAGAGGAGCCGAGGAGGAGGAGGGUAAAAAUCAGAUGGAGGAAGGAGAUGAGAGGAGGAGCAUGACUGAAAAAGACGAGAAAGAAGAGAGAGUGAGGUUUGUCCAAAUCUCUCAGAAAGAGAGGACAGAGGGAGAAAGCACAUGCGAGGAAAUCAGAGGAAACCUGCCUGAGGCGCUGAUGGAGGGAGUGAGGGUGAGGAAAGAAGAAGGAGACGAGAUGAAGGUCACGCCACAGAGGAGCAGCAACGAGAGCCACCACGAAGGACCCAACUCCAUCAUGAUGGAUGACAACAGCAGUUGUGAGGAUUCUCAGGAGAAGUGGACAGUGGUUAAAGCUCUGGAGGAAAACAUCCAGGCCAGAGCUGUCGAGGAUCAGCUCGUACUCGUACAGGUCCCUCGCUCCAAAUGGGAGAAGGAAGAGUCCGGGGAGGAGGUCAAAGCUCCAGACCCUCGGCCCGUGGUUCUGCCUCCACCGUUAGUGACACCAACCGACAGGGAGACAGAGGGACAGGAGAGGCAGAGGUCAGUGGACACAAAGAAAGACAGGGACAGACAGAAAGGAAAGGACGAGGAGCCAGAGAGAAGUUUGGAUAGGAGUCUGGCUCCCUCUAGUGGUAAAGACACGAGUGACGGCACCUGGUGUGCAGACAGAGAGAGGGAGAGAGGGAUGGAGAUGGAGCAGUGGAGGGAGAGAGAGAGGGGGAGGGAUAGACAGAAAGAGACCAAAAGAUCAAAAGAGAGGACAAGGGAGGAAGAAAGAGGGAGAGACAGAGGGAGAGAGAGAGGGCACAGCAGCUCUGCCUCAGUCCAAAAGAAGAACCUCCCUUCCUCCAGUCAUUUCUCCCAGCAUUCAAUGUCACAGGACACAGAGAGGAGGGGGCGUCAGCAAGGAGGCGGCCACGACCACAAGAGGAGCUCCACCUCCUCACAUCCCGGCGGGAAACACUCCGGCAGUGGAAGCAGGGAUAGGAGAGCUGUGGAAAUGCCUGAUAAACACACACACAAAACUCAAAGAGACACUUCACUGGACCCAAAACGUAAAGACAAAAACUACCAUGGUCACCGAGAAUCAUCAGGGAGCAGACACCAGGACAGAGCCGCAGGGACCCAGCUUUCCUCAGAGUUUCCCUCCCUGCCAUUCCCCUCAGAGUCCUCCAGCCCAAAGCCCAGAAUGAGCAGCCCUGGUCUGAAGCUGAAGCAGGACAGAAGUAGAAAUGAGAGCAAGGAAGCGAAGGAAUGGACGGGAAACAAAGUGGAGAGAGUGGCUGAGGCAGAAGGAGGGAGUCUGUGGCGAGACGUGGACCAACAAUUGUCCCAGGAGAUCAAGUGGGAAGAGCUGGAGGAGGGAGAGCGGCCCAGCAGCAGCUCAUCAGCGAGCCAGGACGGCAGCAAGGAUGACAGGAGGAAGAGGAAGAAGAAACGGAAGGAGCAGACAGGGGAGACGAGCCAAGCUGGCCCGGAGCCGCUGGAGGACUGCGAGAUGAAGAAGCACAAGAAGAAGUCGAGGAGGAGCAUGGAUGGGAGGGAGGAGGAGGAGGAGGGUGGAGGAGAGGGGGAGGACGACCACGCCAAACGCUGCUCAGCUCUGUCGUCUUGAUCAUCACGGAGGAUAAUGACAUUUACUUGAAUUAUGUUUUUCCUUUUCUCUGUCCAAAAAGUGCCUGGGUUGUUUUUCGUUUGACUUGUUUUCUUUUUGCCGGGAUACUUUUUGUAUCAUCUUCAGAUAUUAUGUUAGAAAUGCACCAGCUAAAAUGAAAGUAAACAAUUCGUAAAGGAAAAGCACUUUAUAACAAUUAUUUAAAAAAACUGAAUGUGAAUGGAAGCAAAAGUCGAACCGUUGACCGCUUGAGUUAUUUUUAGUUGAAGGAGUUUUCACAGCUUUGCUCAGGUCUGCCCGCACCUACGAUUCAUAUCCACCGAACCUGCAACGUUACAGGAAAAUCUUACUUUUACUUGAAAAAGGGUCAAUCAGUCGUUUGAUUUGCCUCAAACAGGAGCACAGACGUGCACCGGGGAGGAUUAUUGAAAGAGUUUGUGUUUAAUUUAAAGGAGAGGCUGAAUAUUUAUGAUUUGAACCUCUGUGUUGUAUUUUUGUUUUUUUCUUUUUAAUUUUGUAAAUGUUUAAGAAAAAGUAACUGCUGGAUCAAUUAAUAAUUUACCAGAGGAGCGUUUAGUUUUUCCUGUUUUGAAGGAAAUAAAAAAAGAAAUCAUCCAUAAAA